AUCUACUGUCAAAACCUGUGUCUGCUGGCAAAACUUUUCUUGGACCAUAAAACACUGUGUUAUGAUGUUGAACCCUUCCUCUUCUAUGUCAUGACAGAAGCUGACAACACUGGCUGUCACCUGAUAGGUUAUUUCUCCAAGAAGAAUUCUUUUCUCAACUACAAUGUUUCUUGUAUCCUGACAAUGCCCCAGUACAUGAGGCAAGGUUAUGGCAAGAUGCUCAUUGACUUCAGCUAUUUGCUUUCUAAAGUAGAAGAAAAAGUUGGCUCUCCAGAACGUCCUCUGUCUGAUUUAGGGCUCAUCAGCUACAGGAGCUACUGGAAGGAAGUUCUUCUUCGUUACCUGCAUAAUUUCCAAGGAAAAGAGAUUUCUAUCAAAGAAAUCAGCCAGGAGACUGCAGUGCAUCCUGUUGACAUUGUUAGCACCUUGCAGGCACUUCAGAUGCUCAAGUACUGGAAGGGAAAACACCUGGUCCUGAAAAGACAGGAUCUGAUUGAUGAAUGGAGAGCCAAAGAGGCUAAAAGAUCCAACAGCAAUAAGAUCAUGGAUCCCAGCUGA